AUGAAGUUGAAGGGAUUGUGUCGAAUUUGUCUCAUACCUCAUCGAUCGUGGCCGUGCCGCUCCAAGAAAGAAUGCGGAGUUGGGGACUGUCGUAUGCGUCAUCAUCAUUUGCUGCACUCGAGGACAACUGAGCUGGGAACACCCACACCAUCGACAUCUUUCAGCAAUAGCGUUGCCCACCAACAUCAUCACUCUACGACAACAUCAACAUUGCUACGAUAUCUUCCUGUGACGUUGUUCGCGAACGGGAAGCGCGUUGACGUCUAUGCUUUCCUUGACGAUGGGUCUUCGUCGACGAUGAUGGAAGCUGAAGUAGCGAGAUCCCUUGGAGUUGAAGGACCUAGAGAGCCGCUUUAUCUCUGUUGGACGGGAGAUAUGACGAGAAUGGAGAAAGAGUCACAACGCCUUGAAAUUACAAUCACUGGGAGAAAUGAGAAAAAGCAAUUUCCGCUGAAAGCGAGGACGGUGGGACAUUUAAAACUUCCCAGUCAAACGGUGAAUUACGAAGAACUUUGUGUAGAUCAUCCAUAUUUAAAGAAGAUACCGUUAAGUAGUUAUAGUCAAGUCAUUCCCAGUCUUAUUAUCGGAGUAGACAACGCUAAACUGAUCAGUUCACUCAAGAGUCGGGAUAGCGGUAAUAGUGAGCUGAUUGCAGCAAAAACAAGGCUUGGAUGGUGUGUAUAUGGGCGACACACCACUGAUACUAGACUCGUGGAGUACAUGAACACUCAUGUGGAGCACAACGAACAAGUAUCGGAACUUCAAGACCAGUUCAGACAAUUCCUGGCGAUCGAAGAAGCAAAUAUGAAGCGAAGCCCUCAGUCAGAGGAAGAUAAGCGAGCAUUGAAGAUCCUACGAGAGACUACUCGACGAGUGGGUGGAAGGCUGGAGUCUGGCCUGUUGUGGCGCUAUGACGAACCCUGUUUACCUAACAGCUAUCCGAUGGCCAUUCGUAGAAUGGAAGCUUUAGAGAGAAAGCUGUCGAAGAAUCCCUUCCUUGAUACGAAAGUAAGACAACAAAUCGCAGAAUAUCUUGAAAAAGGAUACGCCCACCGUAUAACAUCGGAGGAGCUGGAGUUUACAGAGCCUGGUCGAGUGUGGUAUCUACCACUCGGGGUAGUAAGCAACCCGAGAAAACCCGGGAAAGUUAGGCUGAUCUGGGAUGCAGCAGCUCGAGUCGAAGGCGUGUCGUUCAACGACGCGAUGUUAAAAGGACCUGAUAUGUUGACCGCUUUACCUACCAUAUUAAUCCGCUUCCGGCAGAAACGUGUGGCGUUUAGUGGAGAUAUAAGAGAAAUGUUUCACCAGUUCCUGAUCCGGCAAAGAGAUAAACAAACACAGAGAUUCAUUUUUCGAGAACGACAAGAUGAGCCGCCUCAAAUCUUCGUAAUGGAUGUAGCUACGCUCGGAGCAGCCUGUUCACCGUAUAUUGCGCAAUAUUUAACAAAUCGAAACGCAGAGGAGUAUGCGGAGCAGUUUCCCCGGGCAGCCAGGGCCAUAACAGACAAUCAUUACGUUGAUGACUACCUAGACAGUUUGGAUACGGUAGAAGAAGCAGUGAGUUUGAUAAAAGAAGUCAAAUACGUACAUUCCAUGGCUGGCCUGGAAAUUCGGAAUUUCGUCUCGAACUCUACCGAGGUACUGGAUAAUAUCGGCGAACGCAGCAAAGUGCAAGAGAAGUCGAUGAAUCCAGAGGUGAGCAUCGAAAGAGUGCUCGGCAUGGUGUGGAGACCGUCGGAGGAUGUCUUCAGCUUUGAUAAUAGUUUGAAGGAGGACGUUCGUAAAAUAGUAGAAAGCCAGAAAGUGCCUACCAAACGUCAAGUGCUGAGAACGAUCAUGUCGUUAUUCGAUCCGUUAGGGCUAGUAGCGCAUUACUCUGUUCAUGGAAAGAUACUUAUGCAACGGAUUUGGAGGACGGGUUCCGAUUGGGAUGAACCGAUCAGCGGAGAGAUUCUAGCUGACUGGCGCAAGUGGAGCGGACUAUUAGCAAACAUCAAUGAGGUUCGCGUACCAAGAUGCUAUUUUUCUGACACUGGAGCCACAACAAAAGGAUCGCAGAUACACGUCUUUGUAGAUGCGAGCGAAAACGCCUACGCCUGCGUCGCGUACCUCCGCAGUUGGAGUAACGGGGUACCUCGAUGUACCUUGAUUGAAGCAAAGACAAAGGUAGCGCCAUUGAAACCGCUUUCGAUACCUCGGUUGGAGUUACAGGCGGCCCUGAUCGGUUCCCGAAUAUUAGAAAAUAUCAGCAAAGCGUUAACAAUACCGAUCGCUGCAAGAUUUCUCUGGUCUGAUUCUUCUACAGUCCUAGCGUGGCUGAGAUCGGAGACUCGACGCUACCAUCAGUUUGUUGGCUUCCGAGUAGGAGAGAUACUAUCCAUAACGGACAUAGACGAAUGGAGAAAAGUCCCAUCUAAGGUUAAUAUCGCAGAUCAAGCUACGAAAUGGGGUGACGGGCCCAGCUUCGAUCCAAAGGCGUGGUGGUACACCGGCCCAAGCUUCUUGAGGGAGUCAGAUUAA